ACGAGGGCGUGUCCUAACCUCACGUGACAUCACCUAUGUACUCUGUUAGCGUGUAUAAACAUUAACACGAUAGAUUUUUCCAUAUACAGACGAAAGCAUUUAUCGGCCCAACACGCUCUGAUGAUAAAAGAAAUGGAGUGAGCUUCCAGCUAUGCAGUUUAUUCAACCUGGAUAUCAACAGGAAUAGAUUGUCGUUGGAUACCAUACACGACCUUGACCCCCAGCAUAAGUAGACUAAUGAACUCCUGUUUUCUCCUGAACACUUGAUACAGACAGAAGUCCCAUUGACUGUGUUGGGCUAGGGUGACUCAAUAAGAAAGUGAAGCAGUGAAGGAGCCAAAAUGUCUUUCGAUGACAUAUUUCAGGUGCUGGGCGAAUUUGGGACUUACCAGAAAAGAGUAUACCUCAUGCAGUGUCUUCCUCAAAUAUUCAGUGCCAUACAAACUUGCCUAUCUAUCUUCAUUCUUUUCACGCCAGAACAUAGAUGUAGCAUUCCAUUUUACGAAAACGACACGUUUCAUGUUCAAAGCAUUGAACAUCAUGGCCUGCUCAACUUGACUAUUCCAUACGAAGAAGUUUUUGACCAAUAUGGACAUCCGAUGACAAAGCAUUCUCGAUGUGACAUCAAUAGGGUCAUCCCACUAAACUCAAGUAAAGAGGGCAAUGCUUCUGUUGUGACUUACAAGUGUCAUUCCUUUGUUUUUGACACGACUAUAUUCCAAAGUACUUUCACUACUGAGGACAAUCUUGUGUGUCAACGAAAGAAAUACAUUGUGCACGCCACAAUGUCCUUUAUGGCUGGCUUCACGGUCGGGUCGCUCUUACUCGGGAUAAUGGCGGACGUGCUCGGACGUAAAAAGGCGAUGAUUCUUAGCAUAGUGCUGUACAUCAUCCCAAAUAUCAGUGGCAGCUUUGUUGCAAGCUUCGAACAGUUCGUGGUUUGUCGGUUCCUGUCGGGAGUUUCCGUAGGUGGACUUCUCGGCACUGGCUUUGUGAUGGGACUGGAGUUUGUAGGCCCCAGCAAGCGAAUGUGGGCUGGAAUAGUGAUCGAGCUGUUUUGGGCCAGCGGGACCAUGUUGCUCGCCCUACUCGCCUACCUAAUUCGAGAUUGGAAAUAUCUUAAUCUUGUCGUGUCUAUUCCUCCGGUCUUGUUCUUAUCCUAUAUAUGGAUUAUGCCAGAAUCCGUUCGAUGGUUGAUCAUUAAAGGUCGGACAGACGAGGCAAUGGAGAUAAUUCAACACGCAGCACGUGUGAACGGAGUACAUAUACCAAGUACAAUUCUUCAGAAAGGAAAUGAAGAAAAAACGGAAACAGAAGAAUCGUCAUGUUUUCCUGUGUUUAAAUUGUUCUCGACAAAGCGCAUGGCCAUACGGUCGUUAAUCAUCUUUCUCAAUUGGACGGUUUGCAGUAUGGUUUUCUAUGGACUUAGCAUCAAUGUCGGAAACAUCAGCGGGAACAUAUUUCUCAACUUCUUCUUCAUUAGUCUGGCAGAAUUACUUGGUUUUCUCAGCCUGCUGUUCGUCCUCAACAGGUAUGGCCGGAGACCUGUCUACAUCGUGUCAAUUGUCAGCGCCGGAGUGUUUUGUAUAUGUACGAUAUUUCCAGUUAUCUACGGCUCACCAGAGAUACAGUGGGUUGCCAUCUUGUUAGCGACGACAGGCAAAGUUGGAGCCUCGGCAGCGUUUGCCACAGUGUUGCUGUUUUCAGCGGAGCUAUUUCCGACAGUUAUCCGGAACUCCGCAAUGGGAGCUGCUUCGUUCUGCGCCAGAGUCGGCGGGAUGUUAUCACCAUAUAUUGUUGAUAUCGUUGAAAGUGUAGAUGGAGACAUUGGACGUGCUCUUCCUAUGGCAGUAUUCGGCCUAGGUGCCAUUAUAUCAGGCUUAUUGGCAUUUAGUCUUCCCGAAACGUUACGUGAAAAUCUACCAGAGACUAUAGAAGACUCUAUACCAAAACCAAGGAAGUCAAAGCCAGACAUUACUGAUGUCGAAAUAAACACGACAAAGCCAUUGAUGAAUGGAUACAAUAUACGGCAGGAUGAAAAUAACGUAUACCAACAGGCGUCAAAACAAACGGGAACAAGAAUAUAACGUAACAGACGCCAUGUUUAGUAUUUCAGUGCGAAGUUGGAAUACAAAGAAGUGGACUUAGUAGAUGGAAGCAAGGACUUAAUCCAUUCAUUCUGUUUCACAUUCCGUGUUCUCAAGCUAGUCAUACUACUAUCAUAGUACUUAAGUUAUCGGAACACUACUUUUAAAUGUUAGUUAGAGUUAAUGCCCUUGAAAAUAUAAACUGUUUAAUAUUCUACCAUCGAGUUCAUACUAUCAGGGAUAUUACCAAGAUUCAUCACCAUAUAUACGUUUUAUAACACAAUAUCUCACUCCAGAAUGAAAUACCUAUAAAUGUAGGUAUUUGUAUACUUUUUAAAUGUGAAAUUUAAAAAUGAGGGCAAUUUAUCGUUAACUGCAUUCUGUUCAUAUAUCCGAAUGUGCCAUUCUGUUGAACAGUGUAUUUUGGUUAUCAUUCGUGUUGUAAAUAAUAUUAAACUUUCGUUGUUGAUACAAAUUUUCCCACUGCUCAUAUUUACUUUUCUGUUAGCAAAACAAUAUUACACGAUGUUUCUUACCUCAUGUACCAUAACAUUUCAUACCUAUUUUUCCAGUUUUGAUAUUUUUCUCAGCUACCGUUCUCAUCUGUGUGUAGCUUAUGUGUGUUUCAAACAUAUCCUCAUCGACAGAUAUCAAACAUGCAUAGCACAUGAACCCGGUGACAGCGGAGGACGUGGUUUUUUUUAAAUUACAAAUCUGGUUACACUGACGGCCUUAUUUGUGUUCUUUCUCAUUAAAACUCCUGUACUCAUCAUUUUUAUACAGAAGACAAUAUUCUUCCUAAACAUCUUUACCGCAUAUGCAACAACAAUAUAUUUAAGUACAGUCAAACCUGUGUAUUACGGACACCCAAGGGACAGAUACAAAAGUCCUUUAUUUACAGGUGUCCUUUAUACAGAGGUUAACUAUAUAGUAAAUUGAAAGGAGUAAGUAUAACAGUUGUCCUUUAUAGACAAGUGUCCUUUAUAUAGAGGUGUCCUUUAUGACAGGAUUUACUGUAUAUAGUUUGAUAUAUCUACACAAAACACAGAUACAACGAUGAAACUGUGUAAAUAGCAAUCCUUCAAAACAGACGUAAAAGGACUGGGUUGUAUAUCUACACUAAUCACAAAGAUUCUCGCAAUAACACGGAUAAUGCGUGCAAUAGGCCUUGUGAAACAGGCUUUAGUGUUAUCCUUAAGAAUUUCCCAAAUGGAUUUUAUCAGAGUGAAAUCAUGUCGGUGUAUGUGACAAAUCACAAAGAAAUGAAACACACCGCCCUCAAUAGAAUAGCUAUUGCCCGAAUCAAAUGCCAAUUUGAUAGAUACGAAAUAUUCGAUUUCAGAUGUUGAAUAUAAAUCUCGCUACGGCAUUGUUACAUAGUGAUGUUAAUGGGAAUGUUGACCUUCACAAAGUGGACCGCUUCGUGUGGUAAAUUAUAAAUCUAGUUACAUUCUUUGAGCAUGUUUUGCUGAAAAAAAAAUCCACAUCAUUACGAGUCUAAUCCAAGGCCACACGAAUGGAUACAAAUUGAUGAGGAAUUAUGUUAUUUUUUACGGAGAGGUUAUUUGAGAAUAUUGCGUUGGAGCUUAUGCUAUAUUUCUGUUCAAAUUAUUUCAUUUUAUGUUAUUUGUGUAAAUUUGGUUAAAGCUAUUUUAAACAUGAGUGAUGACAAUGUCGUGUUAAAAGCAAAUGGAUUAUGAAGGUUAUAUAAUAUAUGAAUAUUAAAUGUAAUGAAAUGACACUCCCCCGGAUAUUGGCAUUGGCAGGAGUUGAUUAGAUAUUUUCAGAAAACACCAUUUUCCUCUAACAUCUAACACUCCCUUAAUAUUGGAGAGUCCCCGAUCGAACCACAACUUUUAUUUCACUUAAAUUAGAAAUAUGGUAUAAUGCAAACGUAUAUAUUUUAGCGGAAGUCCUACUUUAGCGGCAAUCUUAUUUUUAGCGGAAGUGAUAUAUUAGCACUGAAAGCAUUGUACUAAAACACUUUAAAGUACUAAUGUUAUAGGUAACAAUGGGGGCGUGCUAAUGUAUACUCGAUUUGUUGAAAUAGAAAAAAUAUAUCGUUUUUCACUGAGUAUCUGUUCAGGCACAGAUGUUAUCAAGGUGCCUAAACCUGUAUUUGUAUGUUUUUUCUCUCAAAUAUGACACAUUCAAAUGUCUUAUUUGUAUUUUUGACUUUAUAUGUUUGAGUAUCUGUUUUCUGCUCAACUCCUCUGUAAUGAUAUUUUAUGCACAAAGAUCUCAGAAUAUGCCUUGUAUUUGUUAUAUUUCCUUUCGUGAAUCGCUCAUAAUAUCCGCAAUGUAUCUUUCUUGUAUAUUUAUGUUUUAGAAAUAUUAACCCACCAUUUGAAAUAAUACUCUCCUGCCUUUAAAGAAAGCGCUGUUUAAAUGCUAUAUAAGAAAGCAGCGACUCACAUCAAUAUAUAUAUUCAUCCCAAACUCCUAAUCGAUACAUUGUAAAUGCCUAGUAGGCUAACUUCAUAUUUGCUUUUGGUUCAGCAUGGUCUAGACUAUUCAGUCAUUGUAAAGCUAAAAGAAGCAACGGAACAAUAGCAUGUGUACCUAUUGUUAUUAUAACAUAACCAUUGUCUUAUCAUUCCCCACUUGCUCAAUCAUUUGUUUUCAAACAUUAGCGUGUAGAAUCAUUAUACGAGUUCUUAUUGACAAAACAAUUAUGUUUGCCAGUUUUGCUCAAUUCCUUUACUUUUAAAUGCUUACUUCUCAUACAUAGCAUCAUUGUGAAGCAUCACCAUAUCAAGACACUAAGCAUUAAACAAUAUAAUUAUACAUCAUUUAUCUGACUUCUGAUGGCUAUCCAUAAUUGUGACCAGGGAGAGGUUACAAUAUUGGCAUAUAUCCAAAUCGAGGCAGCUCGAAAUUUUUGGACUUUAAAAACGAACCUCAAAUUCUUAACUAUAUUUUGAACUUGGUUUGGACAACUUUUUUUCAAGACGGUAACACAUACUCUACAAUGCAUAAUUCUUACAUGAACCGCUAACAAUAAUGUAAAUGAAUUGAACCCAAAUGUAUCCGUAUGUAUAACUAAUCCGUGUUAUACAAUGAAAAUAUCCCCAAAUACAGUGUGAAUAACCCUCUUACCAAAAGACAUUAUUGACUACUACAGUCAUAAGCGUGUCGCUUAUGUGAGAAAAAUAAUUUUUUGGCAAGAGUUGUUAUGGACAUCACGUUAGACAUCGGUAGAAAGACAGCUUGUGCCAUCGCAUGUGAUAGUAAUUACAAUAUCAUAUUCGGUCAGCUUAAACACUUCUUAAGCAUCUUCAAUUUGGAUAUACACACAUGUAAUUAUGGAUAUGUCUAUGGAACUGUGAAUCAUUAUUUGAUCUUUUACAGCUAGUACGGUGAACCCGUGAACCCUCAAUUUAGAUUGAUCAAUAGCGUUCACUACACUCUAGAUAUAUUAGAAACUGUCCGAUAUAUAUAGAAAUUUUACUUAUAUAAUAUACAGUGUAAAUAAAAAAAGGUAUGCCUGUUUCUAAAUCCGUUUUCAUGUUGAAAUCAAUUUUGCUGAACUUUAAGUCAUUGUUUGAUAUUUGAUGUGGAGUAAGUCUGUAAUUAACCACCCUUCACAUUGUAUAUCUAUACAUAUAUUUACGUCGACAUAUAUAUGUUUCCCCAUAUAUUGAAAUGGUGUUUUUUGUAUGCACUCAAAUAAAUAGGUUAUAUUUUCAUAAAGCUUAUAUAUGAUAUACACUUAUUUUUAAUGUGUUAAUAGGUCUGUAAAUACCUGACGGAAGUUGCAAUCAUUAAACUAUAUUUACAUCAAUAUUUGAGUCAUUUUGUGUUGAUCAAAUACUCUGAGUUUCUCACAGUAUCUGGUGUAGGCAGCAAUUCAAGCCAAUUUAUGAAAAUUCUAUGCAGAAAAGUGAAAUACAUUGCCAUCCGUUAAAAUCUAUACAACCACGUUUGACUUGUUGCAAUAUUAUAAGUGCAUCAUAACCCUCAACUUUGCUUUUUCCUGAAUAUAAUUGAUAUGCCAGUAACAAUGGCAUUUUUUAAUGAAACUAAUUCAUAAAGUUUGAGGGUGGAUCAAGGACGGUUCUGUUUAUUAUUCCAAAGAUACAUUUUGUUUUAAAAUGUACCAUAACAACGCUAUGAAUUAUCUCUUAAGAAAUUGUGUUAUUCUAUGAAAGUAUGCUCUCAAUUUAAUAAAGUUUCUAGCAAAACAUAAUAUUGUAAACAUUUUGCAAUGUUGACUAUGAUCAAUAGCCGUGAUGAACAUUGAUAAACAAUACAAGCAUUAUGGUGAAAGUUUAAAUACAAACUAUUACAAUACACAAAAACAUGAUCAUAUAUACUGAAUUUCUAAAAUAUUGUCUAAAAAUGUAUAGGCACCUGUAGACGGAAGUGUAUUCCAUAUGCAAUGCCGUAUUUAUUUCAAUGGUGUAUUUAUAUCUCUUUUCAAAAACAAAUACUGUUGUGUUAACAAAUGAUGUAUGUUUAAACACUUAUUUAAACAUAAAAAGAUGUGAUGACAUUAACGGUAGUUAAUUUAUUUUUCUUUGUCCAUUUCCAAACCUCAUUGAACCCUGUAAGGAUUUUAGCGUCCAGCUGUAUGCAUCAUAUUCUUAUCUCUAGGCGCAUUAACUAUAUCAAUUAAGAAACCUACUAAUGAUAUUUAUUUGAACGUUUCCCCACGUGAUUUGUAUGUACAGGUAUUCUGCUAAUAAUGCAUAUCUGUCGGCCAUCUGUAUUUUAUUUUUUUUUAUAAUCGGGCCAUUUCUGUUGGGGUUUUGAAAUGAUUAGUGGUCAAACAUGCCACCAACCCUGACUAUCCCCGAAUGUUAGGUUGCCAUACUUUUAUUAUCACGCAGUCACAAGAUAAUCAGUGUCACAUAUGUUUCAAAUGUAUAAUCGUUGUUAUGAUAAGAAUAUAUUUGUUUUUAUAAUAAAGAGAAAUGUGGUUUCAUG